GACGCCGGCCGCGUGCCGGAUUCCCUAGGCGAGCCGCGGCGGCGGCGGCGAGGCAGAGCCCCUAAACCAUGGCCGAGUCACAAGAGCUGCUGCUGCAGCUGCAGAAGGACAACCGCGACGGGCGACUACGGAAGCAGGAGCUGGAGGAGCUAGUGCGGGGGCUUGAGGCCGAGAGCGAGAGCCUCACCGGGCGCCUGCAGAACCUGCGGGAGCGUGAGCGCAGCCUACAGCGGAAGCGAAGCCAGGCGGCGCGGGCCCAGAGAGGGGAGGCGCGCGAGGCGGCGCGGGAGCGCGCGGAGCGCGCGCGCGCGCUGCUGGAAGCCGCGGAGCAGCACAAGCAAGACUUGGAGCAACACAACCGGCAGCUGCAGGAGCAGUGGGAGGAGCUGUCAAGUCAGCUCUUCUACUACGGAGGGGAACAACUGAGUCAACAGCGCGCAGAACAGCAACUCGGGACCCAACUGAUGGCUUUGCAGAAACAACUGGAAAUGGUGGAGGCCAAGCACGCCAAGCAGGCCGAGGGCCUGCGGCAGGGCGUGCAGCGGACGGAGGAGGCUUGGGCCAGCUUUCAGGAGCAGAGCGGAGUCCUGCAGGAGCUGCAGGGAAAGGUGAUGGAGGCGGCGGCUACGCUGGACGCCUCGAGGGGCGGCCCGGAACUGUGCGACUCCCAGCCUCGACGGAUGCAGGACUGCGCGGGCUCGCUCAUGGAAGAGGUGGCCAAGGCUGACUGUGAGAGGCGGCUUUUCGGCGGCACCUGCGGAGCGGGCCUCAGGGUCGGUUCUUCUCGGUGCCCGUCCGGGCAUUCCUCUCCUGUGGUCCGCCCCGCUUUCCGGGAGUCCCAGCCCUGCUGGCAGUGCACGCUCACCACUGCAGUCUUUGUGAGGACUCGUCUUUUUACUCAUGUGAAAUGCUCUGCUUAGUGGAAAUGAUGAACCUUGAGUUUCAUUUUGCCCUACUUUUACCCGUUACAUUUUUUGGUAGUAAAAUUGUUCCGUGUAUCUGCCGGCGCGGCACACAGGUUUUUGCUGUGGCCUCCAAAUAAUCGUUUUCUUAUUGAUUUGUUGGUGUUUUUUUAGUCUUUUGGGAGUUAAAUUUGUUUAUGUAAUCCUAUGUAUAAAAUUCUAUCAAAUUUAA